UCCCUUCGGAUAGCUCAGUUGGUAGAGCGGAGGACUGUAGUUGACACUCUAACUGAGAGGUAUCCUUAGGUCGCUGGUUCGACUCCGGCUCGAAGGAGACAUAUGCACUUUUGUCGAGCCUCCUAUGAUUUAUCAUCCUUUCCAUGCAAGGAUUUCUCUGAUAAUCCAUUACGUUCCAGAAAACAGGUAUCACUUGCAGAAGCUGUUCGGAGCAGCCUUUCCCUGGCAGAGCACACAGGGACGGCCAGGAGAUGAGCGCAUCUUUGAAUUACAAGUCUUUUUCCAAAGAGCAGCAGACCAUGGAUAACUUGGAGAAGCAGCUCAUUUGUCCCAUUUGCUUAGAGAUGUUCACCAAGCCUGUGGUCAUCCUCCCCUGCCAGCACAACCUGUGUAGGAAAUGUGCCAGUGACAUUUUCCAGGCCUCUAACCCGUACCUGCCCACAAGAGGAGGCACCACCGUGGCCUCCGGGGGCCGGUUCCGCUGCCCAUCCUGUAGACACGAAGUGGUUUUGGACAGACACGGGAUCUAUGGGCUUCAGAGGAACCUGCUGGUGGAAAACAUCAUUGACAUCUACAAGCAGGAGUCCACCAGACCAGAAAAGAAGUCCGACCAGCCCAUGUGUGAGGAGCAUGAAGACGAGCGCAUCAACAUCUACUGUCUCAACUGCGAAGUGCCCACCUGCUCUCUGUGCAAGGUCUUCGGGGCGCACAAAGACUGCCAGGUGGCUCCCCUCACUCACGUGUUCCAGAGGCAGAAGUCCGAGCUCAGUGAUGGCAUUGCUGUCCUCGUGGGAAGCAACGAUCGGGUCCAGGGGGUGAUCAGCCAGCUGGAGAGCACCUGUAAGACGAUUGAGGAAUGCUGCAGAAAACAGAAACAGGAACUCUGUGAGAAGUUUGAUUACCUGUAUGGCAUCUUGGAGGAGAGGAAGAAUGAAAUGACCCAAGUCAUCACCCGAACCCAAGAGGAGAAGCUGGAACACGUCCGUGCUCUCAUCAAAAAGUAUUCUGACCAUUUGGAGAACGUGUCAAAGUUGGUUGAAUCAGGGAUACAGUUCAUGGAUGAGCCUGAAAUGGCAGUGUUUUUGCAGAAUGCCAAAACCCUGCUACAAAAAAUUUCUGAAGCAUCGAAGGCAUUUCAGAUGGAGAAAAUAGAACACGAUUAUGAGAACAUGAACCACUUCACAGUCAACCUCAAUAGAGAAGAAAAAAUAAUACGUGAAAUUGAUUUUUACAGAGAGGAUGAAGACGAAGAAGAAGAGGGAGAAGGAGAAGGUGAAGAAGAGGGAGUAGAUGUGGAAGAGGUGGAAGACCUCCGGACUGAGUCGUCAGGGGGAGAUGAGAGUCCAGAGAAAGGCAUGGAGCCCUCUCCACCGACCUCGGAGCUCCAGGCUGCCCCUGAGGCACCCCCAGUUUCCUCUCCGGACCCCCCUCCAGCGCUGCUACCUGCUGUGGAAGCCCCGGUGACACAGGGGGAGGUGGUGCCCACUGGCUCCCAGCAGACCAGAGAGUCUGAAACUCCAGUCCCAGCAGCAACGGACACUGCGGAUCCCUUGCUUUACCCUAGUUGGUAUAAAGGCCAGACCCGGAAAUCCACCGCCAACCCACCUUCCGCCCCAGGGAGCGGAAGUCUCGGGCGCGUAGGGCCUUCAGCUUCCGAGGAUGCGCGUGCGCGGAAGGCUGAAGGGGCGGAAGCCGCAGCCAGGGAGAGGGCAGCAGUGAGUGGUAAGGAUGCUAGCUCACCUGCAGCUACUUCUCAGGAGUUAGGAAUCUGCCUAGCACUUGUGGCUUUUCUUAUACUUCACUACAUCUGGCGUCAGAUUCAAUGCUUGAUUUUUACUUUAAUGGGCGACCCAGGUUCAAUCCCUGGAUCGGAAAGUUCCCGUGGAGUAGGAAAUGGCGACGUGCUCCAGUAUUCUUGCCUGGAAAAUUGCUUGGACAGAGGAGCCUGGCUGGCUACAGUCCAUGGGGUCACAAAGAGUCAGAUAUGACUGAGCGACCAGGCAUGCAAUGCAAGGUUAGCUUGUUACAAUUUCACACUUUGUUAGUCUUUCCGUGAACAUCUCCUUGAUUCACUGGUGGUCUUAUCUCUCUUAACCCAUCCUGGGAAAUAAGGUGGCCUUAGAAUGAUAGAAGCAUCUCAGGCUCACUUGCUAAUCUGUAAACUCACUUGAGCCCCAUCAGAAGAACCACAAUCCAUUUAAGAAGGAAGAUGUUUCCUGGUGCUUGCCUCAGGGACAUUCACACAGUGAAAACUACCCUGUUCUUGCUGUCUGUGAUUUCUGAUGCCAUAGCAUGUACAUUCUCUCUUCACCAAAGACAUAGUCAGAUUAUGUGUUAGAAACUGGUGAUGGCAAAAACCGGACGCCAGCUCUCUGCAUGGGUGGUGACCCGGGAUUCUGCUCUUUGUUAGAUCAGAGGCACACUGUUGCCUUCCCCACCUUGGUUCUCCAAGAAAACUAACUGCUCAGCAAGGUUUGAAUUCAGGCCUGUGUCACACUGUGCAAAGGUCCUAUACAUUAGCUGAUCUUUAGCUGCAAAAUCACCCUCAAAGUUCGCACCCUUCUAGACCCUGCCUGUUGUACACUCAGACAACACAAAGAGUUUGGUGGCAAUUAUAUCUGAUCUACUUCCUGUGUUAAUUUUUAAAUAUUUUUUUAAGAAACUGCACCAUGCCCCAGUCAACCUCAGAAGACAGAGCAAUGAUAAGUGGGGAGGGCACUGUGAUCAGGUUGGCUGCGCUUGAAAAGCAGCCUCUAUGAGCCUCAUCUACACUGCUUACAUGCUAAUUACACCUGAGUGUUAGCACAGGUUCCACCCCCAUGCCCACCAGGACAACUGGAAUUUUUAUUGGGAAUAUGUGUGGCAAUUAGAUUUUCCCAGAAGCAGGAGCAGCAACAAUGAAAGCCCCUCCACAUUCCCCUUCGCCCUUCCCAGUGAGGUUUAGUGACUGUGGUUGGAGAAAUUUGUCCAAACCACUUGAUGGGAACAGGGAUAUCCAGAGAAAUGUCUCCCUGCUUGGUAGAUUAACUUGGCAGCUGCUCUGGCUGACACUCGAGCUGGACCCUGGCAGCUGCCUCAGGGUCAGAGGACCCCAGCCCCACACACAUAGACACACACACGCACACAGAGAGCCAUUUGCUGUGAAGAUGGGGUUUUUGACAUUAAAAAUCUCUGCCAUUUCUGCCUCGUAAAGAACCACAGCUCACAUAUUUCACCAGAGCACGAAGCUGUAGUUGUCAGGGACCCUGAAAGCUUUUACCAUAUCAUAGCUAUUCGUAGUUGCAAGAUUAGAAUAUCCACUUUCCACCGCACAUUCCUCAAGCCUGAAAAUAGACGAGCAAGUUGGUUAGAAAUUGUGCUAAGGCCUGGGGCUCAGGAAAGAUCUAUGAAAUCAAAAGGAAGCACUUCAGUUCAGUCCCAACUCUGGGCACUUAAUUUCUUUGAGCCUCAGUUUUCUCAUGAAGAAAAUGAAACAACUGCUUGAUGAAAGGAUUCAUCUAUUUGCACAACAUCAGAGAGUGAAAAAUCUGGUACUAAAAAUCUUAUAAAUUGUUUCAGGAUGUUUUCAUUGGGAGGGUUAUGAACUUAGACCUGACAGAUCAUUCUGGCAAAUGUAAUAAUAAUAGAUUUAGAUAGCCUACUACAUUUCCCCAAAUGUAUUUCUUGCCUUGAAGCUAUUACACAAAUCCCUAAUUCCCAGACUAUCUCCACAUCUCCUGGACACCAAUUUAGCUGAAUGUUUACACAGCUGUGAUUACCCUUUCAGAUUCCAUAAACCCCAUAAAAUCCAGGUCUGAAGUCUACCUACUGGUGCUUAGACCUCAUGGCCCAGUAGAACAAAGGACUUAGAAUGUACACAGUAAAUGUAGUCACAGAAGAUUAGAUGAAUGAAGGGAUGAAAAAUAGUGUGAUUUUUAAAAAUUUACCUUUUUUAAUUGUAAGGUGCAGUAGGUUUUGACAGGUAUGUAGCAUUGUGUGGCUACAGGCCACAGUAAAGCUAUAAAGUAUUUCUAUCCUCAUGUGCCAUUGCAGGUAAUCUCCUUCUGGCAUCCCAGCUGCUAUUUUGCUGGUCAUUAUAGUUUCACCAGUUCUAGAAGAUCAUAUAGGUGAAAACAUCCAAUAUACAGGCUGUUGUGACUGGUUUUUUCACUUGGCAUAUCAUUCUUUUUUUUUUUAAUUUAUUUUUUUAUUAGUUGGAGGCUAAUUACUUCACAACAUUUCAGUGGGUUUUGUCAUACAUUGA